AUGUUCGGAGGAUUCGCGCCGCCCCAGCUCUCCGAGGAGGAGAUCAAGCAGAUGGAGUCUGAGGCCAGCUUCACCGUCCAGCAGGUCUUGGUCUCUUCCAUUCUUCUGUAUCUCUCUCCCUUCGCCAUCGACGCCGUCUCCAGGUUCCUGUAA